AUGUCUGGCCGUCAGUCCGUGACGCCAUAUCCACGGCCGACCAGCAGUCGAACAUCGUGUGUUGGAGACAUUUCAUGGUGGGAUGUGGGCGAGGAGUGCGGUGAAGAGCUCUUCGAUUUACUCGUGCACAAAGAGAAGCUACUGUCCAUGGGCCGGCUCUACAUGACGUGGUGUCACGGACAACCCAUCUCGCUGUUCAACCCCGACACAUUCCUAGAGUCCUUGACGUUUCGGGAUCUUGAACUAAUCCUCGCACUGCAGACACUGAGCCUUCGAUAUCCACCCGGCACGCUCACGCCUCAAAAGCGCGACAAGCUGGAUUCCAUGGAAAAGGAAGCACGGAGCGCCGUCAUGAGCCGCAUCGCCAGUUCGGAAGCCGAGCUGUCCACCCUCCAGACACUGUGCAUUCUAAGCAUGGUCGAAUUUGCAGAUGGCAAGGUUGCCCAGGCAGGACUGCACGUCGCCAUGGCAAGUCAACUCGCUCAAUGCGUGCAGCCCAACAACAUGCUUGGGGACGCGCAAGAGUUCAACGACUGCGUCCACGGCAUCAUUAUGCUCCAGAAUCUGCAAGGCUGCAUCCCCCCAACCACCGGCCCCGGCAGUGCCCUCUCCUGCAGCAACGCGCCUUCAAUCUCCCAAAUCCACGCGGCGGCUCUUUCGGGCGUCGAGCCGUCAUGUCCGCCGUCAGGGGCGGCUCUCGGGCACAGCCAGAUGGACUCGGGCAUCAUGAAGUAUGCCCUCGAGCUGAGCGAGGCUUGGAGAAUGGCCAGGGCCUACGCCGCGAGCCGCGUUCCCUCGGACGCGCUUCCGCCAUGGAACCAGCGCUCGGAUUACUCGGAAAUCAUGCAUCUGCACCUCGAGUUUGACUGCCGCGUGCCGUUGAAGUACCGCUUUGCUGCUAAUAAGUUUGCAGACCAGGACCAAGACUCGCUCGAGCAGCACCGCAACUAUUGGGGCCCCUGGCUCUUUGUACAGAUUGUGUAUGCCGUGAUUCCAUGCAUACUCAACCAUCCGUUCCUGCUGUCGAUGCGGCUCAAGAACUGUCGCCACACGGUGCCUCAAUCCUUCAUUCACCACUCGUUUGAAUACAUCAACCGACACGCCGGGUGGAUCGUGUACUUUAUCAAUCUGCUGGACAAGAAGUCGUUUCACAUUUCCGACCCAUCGCUGGCCCAUUGCAUCGCCAUCGUGGCCACCAUUCACCUCCAACACAGCUUCGUCCAAGACCGAGCGCUGCGAGACAAGGCGCAGCAGGGAUUCGACAAGUGCAUGAGUAGUCUGCGAAGAAUGGGGGGCACAUGGCCCUGCGUGUCCAUCAUGGCGAAUAACCUCGCCAAGCUGCGAGAAAGCGUGGGCGUCGUCCCGUCCGACUCGCUCGACGGACAAGUCGCCGGCGGCCGCACGUCCUUUUCCAUCGACGCCCAGCUCCUCUGGGACAUUCUCAUCUACGAGCGCGCCGGGCGCCCCGACGCCGGCGCCGACCAGUCCAUCUUUGGCAAGACGCUCAAAGUCGGCAGCAAGUCUCGCCACGGCGACGCGCCGACCGCCGCCGAGUUCGACCUCGUCGGCUCGGCGGGCAUAUCCGGCCACAAGGCCGUCUCCAAAGAGACGCCUGCCUACGCGCCAAACGAGGAUGUGCCCCCUACGCCGGGCCUCCUCGAGACCCAUAUGGGUGCCGAGGGCGAGGCGACGCCGGGCAUUGGCGUGUCGGUGGAGGACCGCUUCUUCGAGGGCAUCGGCGGCCGCGACGGGCAGGAACACUUGUUUCUUCAGGCCAACGACUUUGGCAAGGCGAUUGACAAUUGGCUAAGCUUUGAUUCAUUCUGA